CAGAGUCCGCUGUAACAUCAGACAGUAAAUAGACAGGACAAUAUCGCAAAGCCGGAAGAUGUAGAAGGGCUGAGUCUGUGCAGUCGCCUCUUCCUCCCAUCAGCUGUCACAGGUUUAUCCACAUCUUCCCUCCUCACAUCCGUGCAGCAAUCGCUAUGAGCUCUGAGAUAAUCUUACUUCCUAACCUGAACCAGGAACAGAAAGAGUUUUUCCAGAAAGCUUUAGUCAGAGACCUGGAUGAUUUAAAAACAAAUGCGGCUAUUUCCCCGUCCUUCUGUGAUCUCUUUGUAUCGCUCAGCAAAGCUCCUUCAGUCUCCUUGUUUACUGAUAAAGAGGCUCAGGCGAUUGUUCAGCUCACCGACCCUUCCCGUAAGCAGGCAGCUGUCCUGAAGUCCAUUGAUGACAAAGGUCCACAAGCGAUUGUUAUAUUUUACCUGUUAUUGCACAUGAAUAAUGAGGUAGCCUAUGCAGAGCUCCCCAGCUGCAAGGAAAAUGAUGAGAAGAUGGAACUUAUAUCAACACUGAGAGACAGAUUUUUACAUCAACUACAAAAUAAAAUAGCAGGAAUAAUGAGCACAUCUAAAGUGCCAUCACAUGAUGUUGCUAAACCCACAGCCACUGUGGCAACUGUUAAGCCACUUCGAAAGGCCAGCAAGAAAGAGGAAGACAUCUCAAUUGAUGCCUCGGCAAUUGAGAAGAACAGGUGGAAAGACAAAGAGGAUGAGAAACUCACUACGCUUGAGAAAGCAGGAAAUCUUGAAAAACAUCGAGUGAAACCUCAGAGAAGAAGCUGGGGCAUAAAGAAGGAUGAUGAAUUUUUCCAUUUCAUAAUUGUUUGCUUUGCGCUGGGAGCCGUCUUGGUGUCUGAAUACUACUAUGCCGAUUGGACCGUUUCUGCUGGGAUCGGCUUAAUUACAUUUGCAACACUGGAAGCCACUGGGAUCUAUUUUAAUUUAAUUGACAGAAUCCGCAAUGUUGUACAAGGACUUCUACCUCUCCUCGGAAAAUCUCCUCUAGGCAUAAAUAAACAAGCGUAGGAACUGCCACUGCCAGCUACAGACAUAUUACAUGGAGACUGAUCACCCUGUUCAUCAUGAGACCUCACAGGAAAACUGACAAUGUGAAGAUCCAGCCUGGCAAUGGGAGGACAUUGGUAUAGAGAGCAAGUGUCCAGCAUUUCCGGGCUGCACACCUGGAGUAGAGGAUGAUGUUGGUGGCCAGUCCGUAGCCUUUUACUCAGAUGGAGACAUACCACUUACCCAAAUACUACCUACAUUCUAAUACUGCAUUGCUGUGCCUUAUGAACCUCUUGCCCUAUGUUUAUUACAUCACAAUGUAAAACAAAAUGUUUAUUUCAGUGGAAAAUAUAAGUGUUAUGUCUAACCUACAGUAUCUGUGUAGAUUUUAGCCGAUAUAGUAUAUGUGCAGGAAGUUUAAAGAGAUGGAAGUCUGGGCUCUCACUACACCACAAUGUGACAGGGGGAGACGUAUUAAGCCUUGGAGUGUGAUAAAGUACCAGCCAAUCAGUUCCUAACUGUCCUUUUACAGGCUGUGAGGGAGAUGUACUAAGCCUCGGAGAGUGAUAAGGUGGAGAGAGAUAAAGUACCAAUCAACUAACUGCUAUGUCACAGACUGUGUUUGAAAAAUGAUUGUUAGGAGCUGAUUGGCUGGUACUUUAUCUCUCUCCUAGGCUUAGCACAUCUGCCCCAGGGAGCUGGGACAACACUGCGAUGCCCAUACACAAAGCAGCAGCUGCUGAACAACCACGUCAGUGGAUAAUUUGGCAGAGAGCAUGGAUUACUACACAACACAGCCUGAUUCAGAGCAUUUCUGACUGUGUUUCCGUAUUUCACUGGUGAAUCCUGAAUACUCAUAUGUACACAUCCAUACUGAGUUCACACAGGUUAACAUGUCAAUUUGUUGAGAGAAUGAUGCAGUAAACUGCAAAACUCCUAUUUGGCUUAGGAUCCAAGUGUGCUUUUUAUUCACCAUGUUUUUCUGUAAUAUGAUGUGUAGGGAUCAUUGAUCUGUAGGUUAAAUAUUUCCUGAACACCUGAUCUUCACAUGUUAGCUGAAUGUUAAUACAGUCACCUUAGGUCACAAGCUAAACACAGGUCUAUCCCCACUGUACUGCAACCGAGACAUGUGUGUGGCAGCCAUUGGUCGCAGUGUAUUCACACUGCACUGUAACCGGGACGUGUGUGAAAGAAAUUGGCCACUGCGCAUCCACACUGCACUGUAACUGGGACAUGUGUGUGACAGCCAUUGGCCACAGUGCAUCCACACUGCACUAUAACUGGGACAUGUGUGUGACAGCCAUUGGCCACAGUGCAUCCACACUGCACUAUAACUGGGACAUGUGUGUGACAGCCAUUGGCCACAGUGCAUCCACACUGCACUAUAACUGGGACAUGUGUGUGACAGCCAUUGGCCACAGUGCAUCCACACUGCACUGUAACUGGGACAUGUGUGUGACAGCCAUUGGCCACAGUGCAUCCACACUGCACUAUAACUGGGACAUGUGUGUGACAGCCAUUGGCCACAAUGUAUUCACACUGAACUGUAACCGGGAUGUGUGUGAAAGAAAUUGGCCACUGUGCAUCCACACUGCAAUGUAACCGGGACAUAUGUGUGAUAGCCAUUGGCCACAGUGCAUCCCCACUGCAACGUAACCCGGGACAUGUGUGUGACCGCCAUUGGCCGCAGAGCAUGCCCACUGCAAUGUAACUGGGACAUGUGCGUGACAGCCAUUGGUCGCAGUGCAACCCUACUGCAAAGUAACCGG